CCACACACAGAUAUAUAGACAAGCUGACGGGUCAGCAUUUCAUUGGGUGACCUCCACACACAGAUAAAUAGACAAGCUGACGGGUCAUCAUUUCAUUGGGUGACCUCCACACACAUACAUAGACCAACUAGCCUGGCCCUAGAUCUGCAAUAUUGCUAACUCCUAUGGUCUGUUUGUACAGUAUUGCUAACUCCUAUGGUCUGUUUGUACAGUAUUGCUAACUCCUAUGGUCUGUUUGUACAGUAUUGCUAACUCCUAUGGUCUGUUUGUACAGUAUUGCUAACUCCUAUGGUCUGUUUGUACAGUAUUGCUAACUCCUAUGGUCUGUUUGUACAGUAUUGCUAACUCCUAUGGUCUGUUUGUACAGUAUUGCUAACUCCUAUGGUCUGUUUGUACAGUAUUGCUAACUCCUAUGGUCUGUUUGUACAGUAUUGCUAACUCCUAUGGUCUGUUUGUACAGUAUUGCUAACUCCUAUGGUCUGUUUGUACAGUAUUGCUAACUCCUAUGGUCUGUUUGUACAGUAUUGCUAACUCCUAUGGUCUGUUUGUACAGUAUUGCUAACUCCUAUGGUCUGUUUGUACAGUAUUGCUAACUCCUAUGGUCUGUUUGUACAGUAUUGCUAACUCCUAUGGUCUGUUUGUACAGUAUUGCUAACUCCUAUGGUCUGUUUGUACAGUAUUGCUAACUCCUAUGGUCUGUUUGUACAGUAUUGCUAACUCCUAUGGUCUGUUUGUACAGUAUUGCUAACUCCUAUGGUCUGUUUGUACAGUAUUGCUAACUCCUAUGGUCUGUUUGUACAGUAUUGCUAACUCCUAUGGUCUGUUUGUACAGUAUUGCUAACUCCUAUGGUCUGUUUGUACAGUAUUGCUAACUCCUAUGGUCUGUUUGUACAGUAUUGCUAACUCCUAUGGUCUGUUUGUACAGUAUUGCUAACUCCUAUGGUCUGUUUGUACAGUAUUGCUAACUCCUAUGGUCUGUUUGUACAGUAUUGCUAACUCCUAUGGUCUGUUUGUACAGUAUUGCUAACUCCUAUGUGUCACAAUCGUUUAAAGAUUGGUCCAACCAAGGCGCAGCGUGAUAAGCGUACAUAUUUAUUGAAGUACUGAACACGACAAAACAACAAACAAACGAUACGUGAAGUCUUAAGGUUACACAAAACAAACCUAUACGGAACAAGAUCCCACAAACUAACUGGUGCCAACAGGCUGCCUAAGUAUGUCCCCAAUCAGAGACAACGAGCUACAGCUGCCUCUGAUUGGGAACCACCCUGGCCAACAUAGAUCUAAACGAUCUAGAACUAAACCUAGAAAAACACAACAUAACACGGAAUAUACACACCCUGACUCAACAAAUCAACGUCCCCUGAGUCAGGGCGUGACACUAUGGUCUGUUUGUGUAAUAUUGCUAACUCCUAUGGUCUGUUUGUGUAAUAUUGCUAACUCCUAUGGUCUGUUUGUGUAAUAUUGCUAACUCCUAUGGUCUGUUUGUGUAAUAUUGCUAACUCCUAUGGUCUGUUAGUGCAAUAUUGCUAACUCCUAUGGUCUGUUAGUGCAAUAUUGCUAACUCCUAUGGUCAUUGUCAAGCCAAAAAACUACAAUAGGAGUUGGUAAGACAACACAAACAGAUCUGGGAGCAGGCUACUGCACUAACUGUCGUACUUUAAUUUCAUAGGAUGAGUUUUCUGUUUUUAAAAUCAGAAUCAACUUGUGCACUAGAUUGUCCAAUGUUUAAUGUUCAUGGGUUAUAAUUUAAGAAUGUGCUAUGCCUAUUCUAUCAUUAUAUUAUAAUUAUAUUGUUCUGUAAGAUCUGAAACACUUUUUUGUAUAAAAAAAAAAUGUACGUAAAAAAAAAAAAAAAAAGAAAGAAAGAAUAACAUUGACAAUAUACAUACAGACAUAGAUCUGAUACACUUGUUGGUCUGUGAGCUUUGUCAAGUCUGAGAUUGAAUCAAUUUAUCUGACAGAUGUGGAACAACAUACUUUAUUGCUAGUUAUUUAUGAGAUAUUACAAUUUCCUUUCUAAAUACUUGUUUUCUAUGUGUGUGUAACAAGGUGAGUAGGACGGAGCCAGGCGCAGGAGGUGUGAAUCAAAGAAAAGGGUUUAUUUGGCCAAUACAGCAGUCCACAGCAAUGUGUAAACCAAAUACAGUGAGACUUAAAUGCGUACUGGCAAAACAAAACACACGGGUGAAUAUCCCGGCGAUCAAAGUAACAUAAUGCUCAAAACACGAGCUAGCGACACCUCCACAUGGAACAAUAACACAAAAAGACAUGGGGGAGCAGAGGGAAUAAUUAUACAGAGACUGAUGAGGGGAUAUGUACCAGGUGUGUGUGAAAAACAAGACAAAACUAAUGGAAUGAUGAAAAGAGGAGCGGCAGUGGCUAGAAGGCCGGUGACGACGAACGCCGAAGCCUGCCCGAACAAGGAGAUGAGGCAGGGACCCAGGACAGCUCCUCCGGACCGUACGCCUCCCACUCCACAAGGUACUGAAGGCCCCCCGCCCGACGCCUCAAAUCCAGGAUGGAACGGACAGAGUACGCCGGGGCCCCCGCACCUCAGACUCCUGAAGCGGACCAGCCACCACCGGCCUGAGGAGAGACACGUGAAACGAGGGGUUAAUACGGUAAUCAGGAGGGAGCAGCAACCUAUACGUAACGUCGUUCACUCUCCUCAGGACUUUGAACAGCCCCACAAACCGCGGGUCCAGCUUCUGGCAGGGCAGGCGGAGGGGCAGGUUCUGGGUCGAGAGCCAGACCCGAUCACCCGGUACAAGACUGGGGCCUCACUACGGUGGCGGUCAGCGUUGGACAUGUGGCAACGCACGGCACACUGGAGGUGGACAUGGGUGGCGUUCCACAUCUCCUCCGUGCGCCAAAACCAGUCGUCCACCGCAGGAGCUUCGGUCUGGCUCUGGUGCCACGGUGCAAGGACCGGCUGAUACCCUAAAACAUGUUAGUGGAGGAGUGGCGGAGAGAGUUCUGGGCAUAUUCGGCCCAUGGCAAGAACACCAACCACUCCCCCGGCCAUUCCUGGCAGUAGGACCGCAGAAACCUACCCACAUCCUGAUUCACCCAUUCCACCUGCCCAUUUAGAUUCGGGGUGAAACCCAGAGGUCAGGCUGACCAUGACCCCCAGACAUUCCAUGAAUGCCUUCCAGACCCUAGACGUAAACUGGGGACCCCGGUCAGACACUGUGUCCUCUGGCACCCCGUAGUGCCGGAAGACGUGAGUAAAAAGGGCUUCCGCAGUUUGCAGGGCCGGGGGGAGAGCGGGCAGAGGAAGGAGGCAGCAGGCUUUAGAAAAGUGGUUCACAACGACCAGGAUGGUGGUGUUAACCUGAGAGAGGAUCGAUAAUCGAUCGAUAAGUAGGACCAUGGCCGUUGUGGAACUGUAAGGGAUGUAACUUACCCGCUGGAAGGUGCCUAGAUGCCUUACUCUGGGCGCACACCGAGCAGGAGGAGACAUACACCCUCAAGUCCUUAGCCAAGGUAGGCCACCAGUACUUCCGGGUAAGGCAGCGCACUGUACGACCGAUGCCUGGGUGACCAGAGGAGGGGGACGUGUGUGCCCAAUAGAUAAGACGAUCACAGACACUAGACGGCACGUACCGAAGCCCAGCUGGGCACUGAGGUGGAGAUGGCUCUGUGCGUAACGCCCGCUCUAUGUCCGUGUCCACCGCCCACACCACCGGCGCCACAAUACAGGAGGCCGGGAGUAUGGGGGGUUAUCAAUGGGCCGCCUCUCUUCUGUGUCAUACAGCCGUGGCAGUGCGUCUGCCUUCACAAUCUUAGUGCCUGGUAUAUAGGACAGCGUGAAAUCAAACCAGGUGAACAACAAGGCCCACCUGGCCUGGCGAGGGUUCAGCCUCCUCGCUGUCCGGAUGUACUCCAGGUUACGGUGGUCAGUCCAGACGAGGAAAGAGUGUUUAGCCCCCUCGAGCCAGUGCCUCCACGCUGUCAGGGCUCUGACAACAGCCAACAGCUCCCGAUCACCAACAUCAUAGUUCUGCUCUGCCGGGCUGAGCUUCUUAGAGAAGGCGGCACAGGGGCGGAGCAUUGGUGGCGUGCCCGAGCGUUGGGAUAGGACAGCGCCUACCCCUACCUCGGACGCGUCCACCUCCACUACGGACGGCAAUGAGGGAUUGGGAUGGACCAGUACCGGGGCUGAGGUGAACAGAGCCCUCAGGGUACUGAAAGCACUGUCAGCCUCAGCAGACCAGCGGAGCCAGGACGGCCCACCCUUCAACAUAGAGGUGAUGGGGCUGCGACCUUGCCAAAGCCCCGGAUAAACCUCUGAUAGUAAUUAGCAAAGCCAAUGAAGCGCUGCACCUCCUUAACCGUGGUUGGAGUCGGCCAAUUAUGCACGGCUGAAAUGCGGUCUCCCUCCAUCUCCACACCCGAGGUGGUGAUGUGGUAUCCGAGGAAGGAGACGAAUUGUUGGAAGAACAGACAUUUUUCUACCUUGGCAUACAGGUCAUGCUCCAACAGUCGCACAAGCACUCUGUGAACCAGGGACACAUGCUCGGCGCGCGUAGUGGAAUACACCAGGAUGUCAUCGAUGUAGACCACCACACAGCGACCAAGCAUGUCCCGAAACACCUCGUUCACAAAGGACUGGAAGACUGAUGGAGCAUUCAUCAACCCGUACGGCAUCACCAGGUAUUCAUAAUUCCCCGUGGUGGUGCUAAAUGCUGUCUUCCAUUCGUCCCCUUCCCGGACAGGCACCAGGUUGUACGCACUCCCGAGGGAGGGAGGGGGGGGGGGGAUGAGCACGGUGGAGGCAUUGUCUGGACUUUCCACCGGAAACAGCUAGACACCUACCCUGACACUCUCGCGACCACCCCAUGAGAGCCCUCUACGGCCAUGAAAAGGUGGGGUCAUGUAGUGCUAGCCAGGGAAGGCCCAACACAACAGGGAAAUCAAGGGACUCAAUAAUAUGAAACGUGAUUUGCUCAUUAUGGGCCUCCUGCGCAAUCAUAGUGACUGGUGCGUUAACCUCCCUAACAAAACCUGACCCUAAUGGUCGAUUGUCAAGUCCUUUGACGGGCAAUGGAAUAGACAGGGGAACCAAUGUAAUACGUAGACUAAAGGCUAAAGACCUGUCCAUAAAGUUCCCAGCUGCGCCUGAAUCUACCAGCGCCUUAAACUGGGGAACUACCGUGUAAUCAGGGAAGUUGAUGUGGAGGGUUAAAUGCGCAGCAGAGGGCUCUGAACGAGUGUGGGUUUGUGCUACCUGGGGUGACGCGAGAGUGCCCUGCCUGCCGCCUCCAGAACCAGAAGAACUCUGACGACAUCAUGCAGCAGAAUCUCCUCUUCUGCCACAAGAGUGACACUGGAGCUGUCGUCCUCUGUUCUCCCGGAACACUGCACCACCCAGCUACAUCGGAACGUGAGCCGGGGUGAGGGGGGGUGAAACGGGCAGGCCCCUUUCCAGGAUGUCCUCUCGAAGCCAGCAGGUUGUCCAACCGGAUAACCAUGUCCACCAGUUGGUCGAAGGUCAGAGUGGUAUCCCGGCAGGCUAGCUCCCUUCGGACGUCCUCACGCAGGCUGCAUCGGAAAUGGUCAAUGAGGGACCGCUCGUUCCACGAGGACCCAGCCGCUAGGGUUCUAAACUCCAGGGCAAAGUCUUGCACGGUCCUCGUCCCCUGCCUCAGAUGGAACAGACGCUCGCCCGCCUCUCUUCCUUCGGGGGGAUGAUCAAAGACUGCACGGAAGAGGCGAGCAAACUCUCCGUAGCUGUCCAACGCAUCUCCUCCUUCACUCCAGACCGCGUUGGCCCACUCCAGGGCUUUCCCCGAGAGGCAGGAGACGAGGGCGGACACCUUCUACCGCUCCGAUGGAGCAGGGCUGAUGGUGUUGAAGUAGAGGUCCAGCUGCAGGAGGAAACUCUGGCAGCAGGGAGCUUUCCCGUCGUAUUCCCUCGGUAGAGGCAGGUGAAUACCCCUGGUUGCUGGUGUGUGGAUUACUGGAUCCGGUCGCACAGCUGGUUCCGCAGGGUCGGAUCCUCUCCUCUCCAGGCGCUGGACGGCCUGGAGAACCCGAUCCAUCGCUUCGCCCAAGCUGGCUAACAGACCCGCUCAAUGGCUCCAGGUAUAUUCCCCGCUCCUUCAGACUCCAUGCUGUUUGGGUGUGUUAUUCUGUAACAAGGUGAGUAGGACGGAGCCAGGCACAGGAGGUGUCAAUCAAAGAAAAGGGUUUAUUUGGCCAAUACAGUGCGACUUAAAUGCGUACUGGGAAAACAAAACACACGUGAAUAUCCCGGCGAUAAAAGUAACAUAAUGCUCAACACGAGCUAGCGACACCUCCACAUUGAACAAUAACACACAAAGACAUGGGGGAGCAGAGGGAAUAAUUAUACAGAGUCUGAUGAGGGGAUAUGAACCAGGUGCCCGAACAAGGAGAUGAGGCAGCCCUGGAGGGAGUCGUGUCAGUGCGGCCACAGAUUUAAUUUCUAGAUAAUUGUCUAAUUGAAUCAAAGCGGCGAUUGAAGCGGUCACUAAGAGACCAAAGUUGUGAAUAGGCCACCAUAAUUCAACAUUCAGCAUUAUUAAAUUGAAUAAAUUAUGCAGACAAACCUAUCCAUCUAUAGUAAGUGCCAUUCCCCGACACAGAUUCAAGUCGAAUUCACUCUCAGUCUGCGUCGCAAAUUGCACCCUAUUUUCUAUAUAGUGCACUACUUUUGACCAGAGUACUACUUUUGACCCGCGUAGGGCUAGGGGAUAGGAUGCCAUUCGGGACACAGCCUCAGUCGUCAUCACCAUGUCAAAAUAGUCCAUUCAUACAUAGAGCUGUGCUUUCCUAGUAUAUAUGAUUUAAGGGUGGUCCUCUGUAGCUCAAUUGGUAGAGCACGGCGCUUGUAACGCCAGGGUAGUGGGUUUGAUCCCAGGGACUCAAUGUAUGCACGCAUGACUGUAAGUCGCUUUGGAUAAAAGCGUCUGCUAAAUGGCGUAUUAUUAUUAUUAUUAUUAUAUUGUGUGCAUGCAUAGCGUUAUUGAAGUGAUGAGGUUUCACAUACUGUAAAUUUUACAGUAUCUUAUCGUACUGGUCUUACUGUAUAUGCUCACUUUACUGUAAAUCACUUUGUGUCUUAUUAUUAUCAUUCUUAUAUUGAUCACAUAAAUGAUUAUGAUGGGCAGCCGGCUGUGCAAUGGAGGUCAGUGUCUCUACAGACGUGAAACAAGCAUCCCAGUUCAAUGGAGGUCAGUGUCUCUACAGACUUGAUACAAGCAUCCCAGUUCAAUGGAGUUCAGUGUCUCUACAGACAUGAUACAAGCAUCCCAGUUCAAUGGAGGUCAGUGUCUCUACAGACAUGAUACAAGCAUCCCAGUUCAAUGGAGGUCAGUGUCUCUACAGACAUGAUACAAGCAUCCCAGUUCAAUGGAGGUCAGUAUCUCUACAGACGUGAAACAAGCAUCCCAGUUCAAUGGAGGUCAGUGUCUCUACAGACGUGAUACAAGCAUCCCAGUUCAAUGGAGGUCAGUGUCUCUACAGACGUGAUACAAGCAUCCCAGUUCAAUGGAGUUCAGUGUCUCUACAGACAUGAUACAAGCAUCCCAGUUCAAUGGAGGUCAGUGUCUCUACAGACAUGAUACAAGCAUCCCAGUUCAAUGGAGGUCAGUGUCUCUACAGACGUGAUACAAGCAUCCCAGUUCAGUAGAGGUCAGUGUCUCUACAGACUUGAUACAAGCAUCCCAGUUCAGUAGAGGUCAGUGUCUCUACAGACAUGAUACAAGCAUCCCAGUGUCAUAUAUGACUGUGUUAUUAUCAUAGUGACGAGUAGUGCAAUUAGAAAGAGUUACAGAAGCUCCACAGACAUGUUAUUUAACCAGAGAGACUAGAGUGCGAUAUGAAGGAGUACGACUCGAAGGACCAGUCUGAUAAAUAAUGGAAUGGCCUUUUUUAAAGUAACUUUACAGACAAAUUAUUUAACCAGGGGGUGACAAUGGUCCCGUGUAGCUCAGUUGGUAGAGCAUGGCGGUUGCAGUGCCAGGGUUGUGGGUUCGAUUCCCACGGGGGACUAGUAUGAAAAUGUAUGCACUCACUACUGUAAAUCGCUCUGGAUAAGAGCGUCUGCUAAAUGACUAAAAUGUAAAUGUAAUGGAACAGAGUAUUGAGCUGGCCUUCAUCCUCCAUAGAAAUUGUUUGUUCUAUGAUUACAUAUCACGAUCACAAAGAUGUACAUUGUGAUUGGAUGAAGUAGUUUUACUGACAGGCUUACUAGAGAACGGUGUAUUGAGCUGGUGUUCUCCAGAGAAAUGUGGCCCGUUUAGCUCAGUUGGUAGAGCACGGUGCUUGCAACGCCAGGGUUGUGGGUUCGAUUCCCACGGGGGGCCAGUAUGAAAAAAUAAAUAAUGUAUGCACUCACUAACUGUAAGUUGCUCUGGAUAAGAGCGUCUGCUAAAUGACUAAAAUGUAAAUGUAAAGGACCUCUGUCUAAAGGAUGACAAUAUUUGACAGCCAACACCAUGCUGUUGUUUAUGUUACUGCCACCUGGUGUUCUCUCAGCUCCCUACUGUAAUGCCACCAAGACACUGUUAACCUGGUGUUCUCUCAGCUCCCUACUGUAAUGCCACCAAGUCACUGUUAACCUGGUGUUCUCUCAGCUCCCUACUGUAAUGCCACCAAGUCACUGUUAACCUGGUGUUCUCUCAGCUCCCUACUGUAAUGCCACCAAGUCACUGUUAACCUGGUGUUCUCUCAGCUCCCUACUUUAAUGCCACCAAGUCACUGUUAACCUGGUGUUCUCUCAGCUCCCUACUGUAAUGCCACCAAGUCACUGUUAACCUGGUGUUCUCUCAGCUCCCUACUGUAAUGCCACCAAGUCACUGUUAACCUGGUGUUCUCUCAGCUCCCUACUGUAAUGCCACCAAGUCACUGUUAACCUGGUGUUCUCUCAGCUCCCUACUGUAAUGUCACCAAGUCACUGUUAACCUGGUGUUCUCUCAGCUCUCUACUGAAAUGUCACUGUUAACCUGGUGUUCUCUCAGCUCCCUACUGAAAUGCCACCAAGUCACUGUUAACCUGGUGUUCUCUCAGCUCUCUACUGAAAUGUCACUGUUAACCUGGUGUUCUCUCAGCUCCCUACUGUAAUGCCACCAAGACACUGUUAACCUGGUGUUCUCUCAGCUCCCUACUGUAAUGCCACCAAGUCACUGUUAACCUGGUGUUCUCUCAGCUCCCUACUGUAAUGCCACCAAGUCACUGUUAACCUGGUGUUCUCUCAGCUCCCUACUGUAAUGCCACCAAGUCACUGUUAACCUGGUGUUCUCUCAGCUCCCUACUUUAAUGCCACCAAGUCACUGUUAACCUGGUGUUCUCUCAGCUCCCUACUGUAAUGCCACCAAGUCACUGUUAACCUGGUGUUCUCUCAGCUCCCUACUGUAAUGUCACCAAGUCACUGUUAACCUGGUGUUCUCUCAGCUCUCUACUGAAAUGUCACUGUUAACCUGGUGUUCUCUCAGCUCCCUACUGAAAUGCCACCAAGUCACUGUUAACCUGGUGUUCUCUCAGCUCUCUACUGAAAUGUCACUGUUAACCUGGUGUUCUCUCAGCUCCCUACUGAAAUGCCACCAAGUCACUGUUAACCUGGUGUUCUCUCAGCUCCCUACUGUAAUGCCACCAAGUCACUGUUAACCUGGUGUUCUCUCAGCUCCCUACUGUAAUGCCACCAAGUCACUGUUAACCUGGUGUUCUCUCAGCUCCCUACUGUAAUGCCACCAAGUCACUGUUAACCUGGUGUUCUCUCAGCUCCCUACUGUAAUGUCACCAAGUCACUGUUAACCUGGUGUUCUCUCAGCUCUCUACUGAAAUGUCACUGUUAACCUGGUGUUCUCUCAGCUCCCUACUGAAAUGCCACCAAGUCACUGUUAACCUGGUGUUCUCUCAGCUCCCUACUGUAAUGCCACCAAGUCACUGUUAACCUGGUGUUCUCUCAGCUCCCUACUGUAAUGUCACCAAGUCACUGUUAACCUGGUGUUCUCUCAGCUCUCUACUGAAAUGUCACUGUUAACCUGGUGUUCUCUCAGCUCCCUACUGAAAUGCCACCAAGUCACUGUUAACCUGGUGUUCUCUCAGCUCUCUACUGAAAUGUCACUGUUAACCUGGUGUUCUCUCAGCUCCCUACUGAAAUGCCACCAAGUCACUGUUAACCUGGUGUUCUCUCAGCUCCCUACUGUAAUGCCACCAAGUCACUGUUAACCUGGUGUUCUCUCAGCUCCCUACUGUAAUGCCACCAAGUCACUGUUAACCUGGUGUUCUCUCAGCUCCCUACUGUAAUGCCACCAAGUCACUGUUAACCUGGUGUUCUCUCAGCUCCCUACUGUAAUGUCACCAAGUCACUGUUAACCUGGUGUUCUCUCAGCUCUCUACUGAAAUGUCACUGUUAACCUGGUGUUCUCUCAGCUCCCUACUGAAAUGCCACCAAGUCACUGUUAACCUGGUGUUCUCUCAGCUCCCUACUGUAAUGCCACCAAGUCACUGUUAACCUGGUGUUCUCUCAGCUCCCUACUGUAAUGUCACCAAGUCACUGUUAACCUGGUGUUCUCUCAGCUCUCUACUGAAAUGUCACUGUUAACCUGGUGUUCUCUCAGCUCCCUACUGAAAUGCCACCAAGUCACUGUUAACCUGGUGUUCUCUCAGCUCUCUACUGAAAUGUCACUGUUAACCUGGUGUUCUCUCAGCUCCCUACUGAAAUGCCACCAAGUCACUGUUAACCUGGUGUUCUCUCAGCUCCCUACUGUAAUGCCACCAAGUCACUGUUAACCUGGUGUUCUCUCAGCUCCCUACUGUAAUGCCACCAAGUCACUGUUAACCUGGUGUUCUCUCAGCUCCCUACUGUAAUGCCACCAAGUCACUGUUAACUUCUACAACUCCGUUAGAUAGAUUUCUCAUCUCCCACAAGCUUUGUCAAGUACUGUUUUGUGGGUCUGGGAACACACAAAACAAUAAAAACUCAAACAAACAAAAACAUAGUUAAACGUCAAUGAAAAACACAACACUAAAUCUUCCUCCACUAUAACUAAACACAACAACCUCUGAAUACCCCAUAUGCUAAUAAACAGCCCAAUGUUAUUUACCAGUUUGUAAUAGGAAAACUCAACCCUCAGUCUCGCUGCCAACAUCCCCUCCAGCAUGCCCACCACGUCCACAGACCCCUGUCCCCGAAUACUGUUCUUUUGUGUCUUCCAAAUUGCUAAUUUAGCUGCCCCUGACACAAGGUUAAGAUAACUACACCCCUUCGACUAAACCUGUACUUUUGCCCAAAUAUAAACAGUUGGGAAGAGAAAACCUCUCCCAGAGCUGAGAACCAACUAGUGAUCAGGUCAAUCAUCCCGACCAACCUGGCACACUGUAAAAACAGAUGUGCCAGAGUUUCAGACUCAGCACAUAAUGUACACCCCUCCCCAACAGUAGGAUCCAGGUGUACCAGAUACAUGUUGGUGGCUAUAGCUCCAUGUAUUAUCCUCCAUUGGAGGUCAGCUGUCCUCUUAUCAAUAGGCAGUUUAUAUAAAGACAGCCUUUUGGGAGGCACCUGGACCAAACACAGCCGCCCACCCCUUCAAGGGUAGAAGCACGGGACACUUUUACACACUACCAGUCAAAAGUUUGGACACACCUACUCAUUCAAGGGUUUUUCUUGAUUUUUACUAUUUUUACAUUGUAGAAUAAUAGUGAAGACAUCAAAACUAUGAAAUAACACAUAUGGAAUCAUGUAGUAACCAAAAAAGUGUUAAACAAAUCAAAAUAUAUUUUAUAUUUGAGAUUCUUCAAAUAGCCACCCUUUGCCUUGAUGACAGCUUUGCACACUCUUGGCAUUCUUUCAACCAGCUUCACCUGGAAUGCUUUUCCAACAGUCUUAAAGGAGUUCCCACAUAUGCUGAGCACUUGCUGGCUGCUUUUCCUUCACUCUGCUGUCCGACUCAUCCCAAAUCAUCUCAAUUGGGUUGAGGUCGGGGGAUUGUGGAGGCCAGGUUAUCUGAGGCAGCACUCCAUCACUCUCCUUCUUGGUAAAAUAGCCCUUACACAGCCUGGAGGAGUGUUGGGUCAUUGUCCUGUUGAAAAACAAAUGAUAGUCCCACUAAGGCCAAACCAGAUGGGAUGGUGUAUCGCUGCAGAAUGCUGUGGUAGCCAUGCUGGUUAAGUGUGCUUUGAAUUCUAAAUAAAUCACAGACAGUGUCACCAGCAAAGCACCCCCACACCAUAGCACCUCCUCCUCCAUGCUUCACGGUGGGAACUACACAUUCGGAGUUCAUCCGUCCACCCACACCGCAUCUCACAAAGCCACGGCGGUUGGAACCAAAAAUCUCACAUUUCCACCGGUCUAAUGUCCAUUGCUCGUGUUUCUUGGCCCAAGCAGGUCUCUUCUUCUUAUUGGUGUCCUUUAGUAGUGGUUUCUUUGCAGCAAUUCGACCAUGAAGGCCUGAUUCACGCAGUCCCCUCUGAACAGUUGAUGUUGAGAUGAGUCUGUGCCCCUCUGUCUCUACGUGUAGGCCAUCUAUCUGAUGCUGUCUGGUCCAAACAAGUAUGACAUUGUUGCCGCCCGUAGCAUUGAAUGCAAGGGAAGCCAGUGAGCAUUAUAACAGCUAUAGCCAGCUAGCUAAAAUUGGCCCUUUCCUAAAUUAGCCAUGGAUGGAGAUAGGGAUUUGGACUUGUGGUUUUACCUCAUUCUCCAUACUGGCCAAUGAUUAUAAAGGUGAUUCUGAUCCAACCAUUAAUUCAUACAUUGUUGUGCCCCUGGCCUGAGAGGAUGUAUGUUAAAUAUGUAGCUAGAUGUACAAGGCUAAUGGUAACUAGCUAACGUUGCCCAUGAAUGGAAGUUAGGCUAGCGAGCAAGCAUUUUAGCCAGGUAGCCUAGGACAACAAAAAAUAAAAGAGUCUACUUAAUGACAAAGUGAUAGACCAUUUCAUCAACAUGAAAGAGAGGAGGAUGGCAUUGGUGUUUCUCUACAAGUAGGGUGAGUCAACAUGUUUUUCUACUUGCACAAACGCACACACACACACACAGAAAUCAGAACCAUGGACAACCACAUCAUAUUUAGCUUAUUGGACUAAAUCGUUUUUUGCUAUCUUUUAGUUGUCACUGUGUUAGACUAAGCAGAGGUGAUUUGAUGAUGUUGAAGUUGAAAUGGUGGAAUAGUGGAGGUAGCUCCGGUUUUCUUUGCAACUUGCGGUAACUCUCUGUUGUUCUAAAUCAAUAGUUGUUUAGUGGUCGGAAAAUGUCGGAAACAUUAACUUAUUUGACCAUGCUGUAGGUCAUGUAACUGUCUGUUCCUGUACCAUGCAAUAUGCUUUGUGGACUUCACUGGACAGAGGUUGCUAUCCGGUUUUUGUGAUAAAACAAAGGUGUGGUUGAAUUUAAUAUGCCUUAUUAUGUCUUAUUGUCUCGGCCUUUAGGCUUAUGUAUCACGGUGUCAAGGCAUAUGAACUAACAGGUUAUAGAGCAAACAAACAAUUAUCACAGCACAUAGGUUGUAAUACUAUGUUGUAAUACUAGGUUAUAAUACAUAGGUUAUAAUAGUCCUCUGUAGCUCAAUUGGUAGAGCAUGGCGCUUGUAACGCCAGGGUAGUGGGUUCGAUCCCCGGGACCACCCAUACGUAAAAAUGUAUGCACACAUGACUGUAAGUCGCUUUGGAUAAAAGCGUCUGCUAAAUGGCAUAUUAUUUAUUAUUAUUAUAAUACUAGGUUAUAAUACUAGGUUAUAAUACAUAGGUUAUAAUACUAGGUUAUAAUACUAGGUUGUAAUACUAGGUUGUAAUACUAGGUUGUAAUACUAGGUUAUAAUACUAGGUUAUAAUACAUAGGUUAUAAUACUAGGUUAUAAUACAUAGGUUAUAAUACUAGGUUAUAAUACUAGGUUAUAAUACUAGGUUGUAAUACUAGGUUAUAAUACGGCUCCUGCUACUGAUAGGCACCAAGAGCUGCAUAUCAUAGAGUCUCCUCAACAUGCACCUGUUAGUCAGACUGAUGGUUCUGUUUUAAUUAUCUGUCUGGCUGUCUGUGUGGCUGUCUGUGUGGCUGUCUGUCUGUCUGUCUGGCUGUCUGUCUGGCUGGCUGUCUGGCUGUCUGUCAGUCUGGCUGGCUGUGUGAUCUCUGUCUGGCUGGCUGUGUUGUGUCUCUGCUAGGAGGUUAUUGAUGAAGGGACACAAUGGAAACAUCUGCAUGAGUUUAGCUGGUGUUUGUGUGUGUGGACAGACUGUAGGUCUGCAGGAUCUCUCAGUGCAGUGUAGUAAGUACUGUGGAAAUCUGUUCAGACCACAGAUAAAUAUGCUUGCCACUGGUACUCUCAAGAGCCAUACUCAACGUUUCACGUUCUGAAAGACAAAGAGGAGCAGACAGACAGGGAGGUAGGGAGGCAGACAGGGAGGGAGGCAGGCAGACAGGGAGGGAGGCAGGCAGACAGGGAGGCAGGCAGACAGGGAGGCAGGCAGACAGACAGGGAGGCAGGCAGACAGACAGGGAGGCAGGGGGGCAGGCAGACAGACAGGGAGGCAGGCAGACAGACAGGGAGGCAGGCAGGCAGACAGACAGGGAGGCAGGCAGACAGACAGGGAGGCAGGGAGGCAGACAGACAGUGAGAGAGGCAGACAGGCAGACAGACAGAUGGGGGGAGGCAGACAGACAGACGGGGGGAGGCAGACAGACAGACAGGGAGGGAGGCAGACUGGUUGUCUUUGUCCUCUGGCUGGCCCCACACCUCCACAGAUCCACACUCCUCUGUUGUGCAGGAGAAACCCCAGAGGGCCUUGUGAGUGACCCCUGGGGCUAGAGACCCAGGAGACCCUGCAUUACACACACUGAUUAAUGUUGUUAUGAUGAUAUUAUGACUCCUGAGUGGCGCAGUGGUCUAAGGCACUGCAUCGCAGUGCUAACUGUGCCACUAGAGAUCCUGGUUCGAAUCCAGGCUCUGUCGCCGCCGGCCGCGACCGGGAGACUCAUGGGCGGCGCACAAUUGGCCCAGCGUCGUCCAGGGUAGGGGAGGGAAUGGCCAGCAGGGAUGUAGCUCAGUUGAUAGAGCAUGGCGUUUGCAACGCCAGGGUUGUGGGUUCGAUUCCCACGGGGGGCCAGUAUAAAAAAAAUAUGUAUUCACUAACUGUAAGUCGCUCUGGAUAAGAGCGUCUGCUAAAUGACUAAAAUGUAAAUGUAAAAUGAUAUGGGCUCAGAUAGGAGAUGUUCUGUGGAUAUUUGUCUUGCCAUCCCAAGAUUGAUGGCACUCAUUCUGCAAUCACAAGUCAUACUUAUUAUAGUUCCCAGACCCUAGACACCAGAGAGACCAGAGAGACCAGAGACCAGGGAAGAGACCAGGACCAUGGACCAGAUACCAGAGUCCAGGGACCCAGGGACUAGGGACCCAGAGACCAGGGACCAAGUAACAAAGACCAGAGACCAGGGACCCAGAGACCAGGGACCAGGGACCAGAGACCAGGUACCAGAGACCAAGGACCAAAGACCAGGGACCAGAGACCAAAGACCAGAGACCAAGUACCAGAGACCAGGGACCAGAGACCAAGGACCAGAGACCAGGGACCAGAGACCAGGGACCAAGUACCAGAGACCAGGGACCCAGAGACCAGGGACCCAGAGACCAGGGACCAGAGACCAGGGACCCAGAGACCAGGGACCCAGAGACCAGGGACCCAGAGACCAGGGACCAAGUACCAAAGACCAGGGACCCAGGGACCCAGAGACCAGGGACCCAGAGACCAGGGACCCAGAGACCAGGGACCAGAGACCAGGGACCCAGAGACCAGGGACCAGAGACCAGGGACCAAGUACCAGAGACUAAGUACCAGAGACCAAGUACCAGAGACCAGGGACCAAGUACCAAAGACCAGGGACCCAGGGACCCAGAGACCAGGGACCCAGAGACCAGGGACCCAGAGACCAGGGACCAGAGACCAGGGACCCAGAGACCAGGGACCCAGAGACCAGGGACCCAGAGACCAGGGACCAGGGACCCAGAGACCAGGGACCCAGAGACCAGGGACCAAGUACCAGAGACUAAGUACCAGAGACCAAGUACCAGAGACCAGGGACCCAGAGACCAGGGACCAAGUACCAAAGACCAGGGACCCAGGGACCCAGAGACCAGGGACCCAGAGACCAGGGACCCAGAGACCAGGGACCAGAGACCAGGGACCCAGAGACCAGAGACCAGGGACCCAGAGACCAGGGACCCAGAGACCAGGGACCAGAGACCAGGGACCAAGUACCAGAGACUAAGUACCAGAGACCAAGUACCAGAGACCAGGGACCAAGUACCAAAGACCAGGGACCCAGGGACCCAGAGACCAGGGACCCAGAGACCAGGGACCCAGAGACCAGGGACCAGAGACCAGGGACCCAGAGACCAGGGACCCAGAGACCAGGGACCCAGAGACCAGGGACCAGGGACCCAGAGACCAGGGACCCAGAGACCAGGGACCAAGUACCAGAGACUAAGUACCAGAGACCAAGUACCAGAGACCAGGGACCCAGAGACCAGGGACCCAGAGACCAGGGACCAGAGACCAGGGACCCAGAGACCAGAGACCAGGGACCCAGAGACCAGGGACCCAGAGACCAGGGACCAGAGACCAGGGACCAAGUACCAGAGACUAAGUACCAGAGACCAAGUACCAGAGACCAGGGACCAAGUACCAAAGACCAGGGACCCAGGGACCCAGAGACCAGGGACCCAGAGACCAGGGACCCAGAGACCAGGGACCAGGGACCCAGAGACCAGGGACCCAGAGACCAGGGACCAAGUACCAGAGACUAAGUACCAGAGACCAAGUACCAGAGACCAGGGACCCAGAGACCAGGGACCCAGAGACCAGGGACCCAGAGACCAGGGACCAGAGACCAGGGACCCAGAGACCAGGGACCCAGAGACCAGGGACCCAGGGGACCCUCCCUCUGCUGCUUUACGCUAACUGAUGAAUGUUGUAAUGAUGAUAAAGGAACUAAAGCUUUUUUUUGUGGAGAUGUACUGUAUAUGUCUUUCCAUCACAAUUUUUUAUUCCAUCAAUAAAGAUUGCUGGUUUUCAUAAAAAAAAUAAAAAAAACAUAAAAAAUGUGAUGUACCCAUAAUGAUGGAGCAGUUAAUCAUUUAGCCUUUAGUGUGAUUUAGCCUUUAGUGGGGUUUAGCCUUUAGUGGGGUUUAGCCUUUAGUGUGAUUUAGCCUUUAGUGGGGUUUAGCCUUUAGUGUGAUUUAGCCUUUAGUGUGGUUUAGCCUUUAGUGUGGUUUAGCCUUUAGUGUGGUUUAGCCUUUAGUGUGGUUUAGCCUUUAGUGUGGUUUAGCCUUUAGUGUGAUUUAGCCAUUAGUCAACUAGCUACUCAUCACAGCAUUGGGUUGGUUAUGAUGUGGCCACAGUACGGAGGUUGACAAAUGUCACUAUCGACAAUCAACACAUCUGAAAAUGGGCUGUUUUCAUAUUCCCUUGUGUAGUCUGUAGUUGCAUUCCAAAUGGCACCCUUUUUCCUAUAUAGUGCACUUCUUUGGACAAUAGAGCCCUAUGUGCCCUGGUCAAAAGUAGUGCACUAUGUAGGGAAUAGGGUGCAAUUUGGGACGGCUUUGUUACUGUGAGAGGACUCUGGGGUUAUUAGUGUUGACUAUAUCAUCAUGGACAGAUUGUAUUACCUCUCUACUGUGCUCCUCUCUGCUACUCCUCCUCAGGCAGCUGGUUAAAUAUGUGUAUGUGCCAUCAAUGCCAUUCAGGCACUUAGUACCUGCCAUCUCUACAUUCAGCCCUCCCCACACAAAUCAAUCAGCAGUACAGUACAUUGUUUGGAUUUAUUUACAAUGCUAACACAAACACAAUGCUAACACAAAACACAAUGCUAACACAAAACGCAAUGCUAACACAAACACAGACAGACAGAGUUAUUGUGGGAAGUGAGCAGGAAAGCAGGUGAAUGGUGGGCCUUUCGGUGGUGAAACUGAGUUUAAGGUCAGAGUAGAGCUGGGUGAUAUGGGCAUAAAUCCAUAUCACGAUAAAUUGACUGAAUUAUCACAGUAAUGAUACAGUUAACGAUAAAUUCAUAACGUUCAUGUGUAUUUUUAUCACCCUUAAAACUACUACUACUACUUUGAAUGUUGUAGCUAUCAAUUGUCCAGUUAGCAAUAACCCCAUAUUAGUAGACUUAUUAAAAUGUUUGAGUAAAGGCUACUUAUUGUUAUUAUCGGUAUCAGUAAAAAGUACUUGAUAAAUGGUUGAUUCAGUCGGUAUCGAUCAUUUUCUGUUUAUCAUCCCAGCUUUAGGUCAGAGGCAGAGCAGACCUGCCAUGGUUGUCUUCUGUAAACAGUUUAACUAAGGGCUGCAGUUGAGUUGUACUAUAAAGGCACUUUGAGUGUUACUAUUGAGUUCUACCAUAAAGCCACUUUCUGAAAACUGCUGGCUUUAUAAAUACAUUUCAGUGAUUGGUUAAUUGAGUGAUUGGUUAAUUGAGUGAUUGGUUAAUUGAGUGAUUGGUUAAUUUAGUGAUUGACUGGUUGAUUGUCUUGUUUCAGGGCAUAGCGUUUGCCUCCCUCUUCUUCAUUCUGGUUUCCAUCACUACGUUCUGUCUGGAGACCCACGAGUACUUCAACGACCUGCAGAACCGCACGGAACAUGUGGUGGUGGGAAACCACACAGAGGAGGUAGUCUCGGUGGAGGUAAGAGAGAGGGAUCCUCAUUGUCAAUUGACCAAGUACUAUGAUCCUGUCCAGAAAGAACCCAGAGCCUCUACCCCCUAGCCUCCCGUGGAGAUCUGAGAGUGGACAGGUGAAAGCAAUAUGAUGAUAAUUUCAUUGUUUCUGGAUAGGGACCUAAACGUAUUGGACCUUUUUUCUAUGUAUUGUACUGUAUUGUACUGUAUUGUACUGUACUGUACUGUAUUGUACUGUAUUGUACUGCAUUGUACUGUAUGGUACUUUACUGUAUUGUACUGCAUUGUACUGCAUUGUAUUGUACUGUAUUGUAUUGUACGGCAUUGUAUUGUACUGUAUUGUACUGUACUGUAUUGUACUGCAUUGUACUGUAUUGUACUGCAUUGUACUGUAUGGUACUUUACUGUAUUAUACAGUCGUGGUCAAAGGUUUUGAGAAUGACACAAAUAUAAAUUUUCACAAAGUCUGCUGCCUCAGUUUUUAUGAUGGCAAUUUGCAUAUACUCCAGAAUGUUAUGAAAAGUGAUCAGAUGAAUUGCAAUUAAUUGCAAAGUCCUUCUUUGCCAUGAAAUGAACUUAAUCCCCCCCAAAAAAACAUUUCCACUGCAUUUCAGCCCUGCCACAAAAGGACCAGCUGACAUCAUGUCAGUGAUUCUCUCGUUAACACAGGUGAGAGUGUUGACGAGGACAAGGCUGGAGAUCACUCUGUCAUGCUGAUUGAGUUAGAAUAACAGACUGGAAGCUUUAAAAGGAGGGUGGUGCUUGAAAUCAUUGUUCUUCCUCUAACCAUGGUUACCUGCAAGGAAACACGUGCCAUCAUCAUUGCUUUGCACAAAAAGGGCUUCACAGGCAAGGAUAUUGCUGCUAGUAAGAUUGCACCUAAAUCAACCAUUUAUCGGAUCAUCAAGAACUUCAAGGAGAGAGGUUCAAUUUGCUGUGAAGAAGGCUUCAGGGCGCCCAAGAAAGUCCAGCAAGCACCAGGACCAUCUCCUAAAGUUGAUUCAGCUGCGGGAUCGGGGCACCACCAGUGCAGAGCUUGCUCAGGAAUGGCAGCAGGCAGGUGUGAAUGCAUCUGCACGCACAGUGAGGUGAAGACUUUUGGAGGAUGGCCUGGUGUCAAGAAGUGCAGCGAGGAAGCCACUUCUCUCCAGGAAAAACAUCAGGGACAGACUGAUAUUCUGUAAAAGGUACAGGGAUUGGACUGCUGAGGACUGGGGUAAAGUCAUUUUCUCUGAUUAAUCCCCUUUCCGAUUGUUUGGGGCAUCCGGAAAAAAGCUUGUCCGGAGAAGACAAGGUGAGCGCUACCAUCAGUCCUGUGUCAUGCCAACAGUAAAGCAUCCUGAGACCAUUCAUGUGUGGGGUUGCUUCUCAGCCAAGGGAGUGGGCUCACUCACAAUUUUGCCUAAGAACACAGCCAUGAAUAAAGAAUGGUACCAACACAUCCUCCGAGAGCAACUUCUCCCAACCAUCCAAGAACAGUUUGGUGACGAACAAUGCCUUUUCCAGCAUGAUGGAGCACUUUGUCAUAAGGCAAAAGUGAUAACUAAGUGGCUCGGGGAACAAAACAUCGACAUUUUGGGUCCAUGGCCAAGAAACUCCCCAGACUUUAAUCCCAUUGAGAACUUGUGGUCAAUCCUCAAGAGGUGGGUGGACAAACAAAAACCCACAAAUUCUGACAAACUCCAAGCAUUUUAUGCAAGAAUGGGCUGCCAUCAGUCAGGGUGUGGCCCAUAAGUUAAUUGACAGCAUGCCAGGGCAGAUUGCAGAGGUCUUGAAAAAGACAGGUCAACACUGCAAAUAUUGACUCUUUGCAUAAACUUAAUGUAAUUGUCAAUAAAAGCCUUUGACACUUAUGGAAUGCUUGUAAUUAUACUUCAGUAUACCAGAGUAACAUCUGACAAAAAUAUCUAAAAACACUGAAGCAGCAAACUUUGUGAAGACCAAUACAAAACUUUUGACCACGACUGUACUGUAUUGUCUUGUAUUUUUGUAUUAUGGCCAACGUUUUUAAGCACAUUUUAGAGACCAAAUGAAUUUAGAUCAUAGAUAGAUUAAUAGAUUGAUACUUCAAUGAUCCCUACAUUGAAAUUCAAUAAUCUGUAUAAUCUAAUCUAAUGUAUAAUCUAAUUUAAUGUAUAAUCUAAUCUAAUGUAUAAUCAAAUCUAAUCUAUAAUCUAAUGUAAUCUAUAAUCUAAUUUUAUGUAUAAUCUAAUCUAAAGUAUAAUGUAAUGUGUGUAUAAUGUAAUGUAAUGUGUGUAUAAUGUAAUGUAUAAUGUAAUCUAAUGUAUAAUGUAAUCUAAUGUAUAAUCUAAUCUAAUGUAUAAUCUAAUCUAAUGUAUAAUCUAAUCUAAUGUAUAAUCGAAUGUAAUGUAUAAUCUAAUCUAAUGCAUAAUCGAAUGUAAUGUAUAAUCUAAUCUAAUGUAUAAUCUAAUCUAAUGCAUAAUCGAAUGUAAUGUAUAAUCUAAUCUAAUGUAUAAUCGAAUCUAAUGUACAAUCUAAUCUAAUGCAUAAUCGAAUGUAAUGUAUCUAAUGUAUAAUCUAAUCUAAUGUAUAAUCUAAUGUAUAAUCUAAUCUACUGUAUAAUCUAAUGUAUAAUCUAAUCUAAUGUAUAAUCUAAUGUAUAAUGUGAUCUACUCUAGGUGGUGACCAAGCCCAUUCUGACCGUGGUGGAGGGCGUUUGUGUGGUCUGGUUCACCUUGGAGUUCUUGGUCCGCAUCGUGUGCUGCCCCGACAAGCUGCUCUUCAUCAAGAACAUGUUAAAUGUCAUUGACUUCGUGGCUAUCCUGCCCUUCUAUCUGGAGAUGAGCCUCAGCGGUCUAUCCUCUAAAGCAGCCUCCGACAUCCUGGGGUUUCUACGAGUAGUCCGCUUCGUCCGGAUCCUCCGGAUCUUCAAGCUGACCAGGCAUUUUGUCGGUCUGAGGGUUCUCGGCCACACGUUGAAAGCCAGCGUCAACGAGUUCUGCCUGCUUAUCGUCUUCCUGGCGUUGGGCGUCCUCAUCUUCGCCACAAUGAUCUACUACGCAGAGCGGAUAGGGGCCCAACCGGAUGACCCCCGCGGCUCUAAACACACCCACUUCAAGAACAUCCCUAUCUCCUUCUGGUGGGCCGUGGUCACCAUGACUACCCUGGGCUACGGGGACAUGUACCCCCAGACGUGGCUGGGCAUGAUGGUGGGCGCUCUGUGCGCCCUGGCGGGGGUACUGACCAUCGCCAUGCCCGUGCCUGUUAUUGUCAAUAACUUUGGGAUGUACUACUCCCUGGCCAUGGCUAAACAGAAGCUGCCUAAGAAGAAAAAGGCGCACAACCCGAACCCGGACGUUCCCACGGACACGGCCUCGUUCGGGAAGUCCGUCACUAACUCUCCCAGGGACAGUACUCAGAGUGAUACGUGUCCGCUGGCUGCAGAGGAGAAUAUCAACAGGAACCGCUCAGGUUAG